AUGACGGACAAGGAUACCAAGAAGUCGGGAAAGCAAGGCGAGGACGAAAUGACCGUCGUUGUCCCCCCUCCCAAGAACAAGCAGAACUCUGCGCAACCUCCCAACGACGCCGAUGGUGACAUUGCCAUGGAAGACGACACCAAGGCCGGCGAGGUUGAGGCCCAGGUCGACCCCGUCGCCCAAACCAUCAGCGAUAUCAAGAGCAACUUUGCGCUGCUAGACCGUGCUGUUGCCCUGUUCGAUCCCAGAUUCUCUCUACGGGCACUGCGAUCCAUCUCGUCGAUUCGGAAACGCCUGACGCCCGACAUCCUCGCACAAGUCGUCUCAGAAACCUUCUCCGCGUCCUCACCCAAUACUCAAGUUGCCGAGCACCUGCUGCUCGCUGUCGACCGGCCAAAUGUGACUCUCGGCAGCAGCUCAGAGAUGGAGAUCGACUCGGGAUCCAAGUCGCCAGCUAAGAACGGUGGCAAGAAGGAACCCAAGGAGAUUAUUCCGGAGAUCGACAUCUUCCUAGGCAUUCUGGCGCAGGUCCACCUCUACGACACCAAACAGUUCCAGCGCGGAUUCGCCCUGUCGCGUUUCCUUUCCGAGCGUAUCCAGUCCCUCAACCGCCGCACAUUAGACAGCCUCUCAGCCAAGGUGUACUUUUACUUCUCGCUCUUUGCCGAGCAGCUCGCUCCCCUCCCGCCUUCCCCCCAGUCGCCGAUUGUGUCGAUCCGCCCCAUCCUCCUCGCCGCUCUCCGAACCGCCGUGCUACGAAAGGAUAUCGACACCCAGGCUUCCGUCAUUGUCCUCCUGCUCCGGAACUACCUCCACACGUCGCAUAUCUCCCAGGCCGAUCUGCUGGUGCAGCAUACGCAGUUCCCCGAGAACGCUGCCAACAACCAGGUCGCGCGUUUCCUGUACUACCUCGGCCGUGUCCGUGCUAUCCAGCUACGGUACACCGAGGCCCAUGAGCAUCUCACUGCGGCGACACGGAAGGCUCCCUCGAGCGCCUGCGCGCUUGGCUUCAGCCAGACGGCGACCAAGCUCCUGCUCGUUGUAGAGCUCCUCAUGGGCGACAUCCCCGACCGCGCCAUCUUCCGUCAGCUGACCAUGGAAGCCACUCUCCACCCGUACUUCCUGCUCGUCCGCGCCGUGCGCGUCGGCAACCUCGAGGACUUCGAGACCACCAUCGCCCAGCAUGCCGACACCUUCCGCCGCGACGGCACCUACAGCCUGAUUCUGCGCCUGCGCCAAAACGUCAUCAAGACGGGCAUCCGCAUGAUGAGUCUGAGCUACAGCCGCAUUUCGCUCCGCGACAUUUGCAUCCGCCUGCACCUCGGUAGCGAGGAGAGUGCCGAGUACAUUGUGGCCAAGGCGAUCAGGGACGGCGUCAUCGAGGCCACGCUCGACAGGGAGCGCGGCUUCAUGAAGAGCAAGGAGGUGGGCGACGUGUAUGCCACCAGCGAACCGGCCGAGGCGUUCCAUGAUCGUAUCCGCGCCUGCUUGGCUCUGCAUGAUGAGAGUGUCAAGGCCAUGCGUUUCCCCAUGAACCAGCACCGUCUCGAGCUUAAGAAUGCCCAGGAAGCACGAGAGCGCGAGCGUGAUUUGGCCAAGGAGAUACAGGAGGGAGAUCUGGAUGAGGAUGAUCUCGGUGGUGACUUUGAGGGCAUUUAA